AUGUUUGUAACGCAUCAUUUUUCUAUAGACGAAGUGAAUAAUUUAAUGAGUGAACAUUUUGUCAGGAUAUUUGGGAAUGUAGUGGAACAUUUUCCAGCUGCAGCUAUUGGGAUUUUGAAAUACCGGCCGUUUAACGAUAGCAAUGCUAUAGUACAAGCGAUUUGCGAUUUUUUGGAUUCCUUAAAAUGUCAAGAAAAAGAACAAAUUUUCCAACAAUACCCGGAUAUCUUCGAAAACGCCAUUUGUAACUACCCGUUAAUCGUAGAUAAAGAACCAGGCUACAUGAACAUUGAAGAAAAAAGGCGGCUACAAGAAUUGAACCUUCGAUAUAAAGAAAAAUUCGGUUGCCCUUUUAUCACCACAAAAACUGAAAUAGACGAUGUAUAUUCAGAGCUUCUGUCUAGAAUAGAAAAUAAUAAAGACGACGAAAUGCAGAAAACGAUGAGGGAAGUUAAAGCAAUUGUGUACGCUAAAGUUCACGAAAUAGUACGUUAA